GUAGCGUAGCAGUGCACUAUAAAGGCUGUGAGGCGGGGUGGACCGGGUCACUGACCGGAAGUAACACAGUAGGUCAUCACAAGACCGAGAACAGGCAGGCUCCCAGGCAGAUUGAAUCCAGCAGUCACAAUGGCAGACAGCGGGAAGACUAAUGAGAGUGCAGCUCCGGCAGCAGAACCAGCUAAUGGAGAGCAGCAGACUGUUGUUUCACGAGUGAGCAACUUGCCCUUGGUCAGUUCGGCGUGCGAGGUGGUUUCAAACGCCUACAGUACCACCAAAGACAGCGUUCCCCUGCUGAAGGGAGUGAUGGAUGUAGCCGAGAGCGGGGUCCGGACUCUGGGUGCAGCUGCCACCGCAGGGACCAAACCUCUCUUGAACAUGAUCGAGCCACAACUUGCCACUGUAAAUGAGUACGCUUUGAAAGGAUUGGAUAAGAUGGAAGAAAAGUUGCCUGUUCUUCACCAACCAGCAGACAAGGUGGUGUCAGACACAGUGGGAAUGGUGUACCAGUCUGUGGCAGGGGCCAAAGAAGCCGUGGUGGGGGCUGUGAUGGGUGGCGUUGAGCUGACCCGGGCAGCAGUCAGUGGAGGAAUCAACACAGUCAUGGGCACCAGGAUGGGCCAGAUGGUCAGCAGUGGGAUGGGCCUGGCCCUCAGCCGAUCCGAGGACUGGGUUGAGCAGAACCUGCCGCUCACUGAGAGGGAGCUGGCUGCUGUGGCCGAACCUGCCAGCAGCGAGGUAGCUACCUCUUCAGACAACCCCAGCUACUUUGUCCGGUUGGGGAAACUCUCCGCUAAGGUACAGGAACGAGCUCUUCAGCACUCUUUGGAUCGGGCACGUCACUACCGGGACGCGGCCUAUGGUACGGUGACUCAGAUUACCAGCACUCUGGACCUGCUAGAAAGCGCCCGCGCCAGUCUCGGUACAGCAGGUAACCAGAUAGGAGGAGCCUCGGAGAAACUCCUGCAGCGCUGGACCGAGUGGAAGCAGAAGCACGGACGACAUGAUGGGCAGACGGAGUCUGAGCCAGAGCCAGAUGGGACCAAAAAUGAGUCUGAGCAGCUGGAAAGGCAGACCCUCUCUAUGGUGCGUGGUCUGAGCGACCAGCUGCGGUCGGCGUGUGCCAGCGUGGUUUCAAGUGCUAAAGGUCUGCCGAGCACAGUCCAGGACCAGCUGACCGCAGCUCGACAGUCUGCCGAGGAGCUGUAUUCCUCUCUGAGGAACACGAGCACCAUCACACCGGUCCUCCUCGAGCGGAGCCGUCAUCAGCUGAACCAAGUUCAGAAGUCUGUGGAUGGUGUCAUGGACUAUCUACUGCACAACACGCCGCUCAACUGGCUGGUGGGACCGUUUGCUCCUCAGAUCACUGAGCAUGCAGAGGGCGACGUGGCAGAGAAGGCCAGACCAAACGAGUAGACGCGAAGACUUCGUGUGCUCCUCUGAGAUGAUUCAAAGUGGUGUUAGAGGACUAUUUCUAGAUGUUGAUGGACCAGCUCAAAAUAGGUGCCAUAAUAUUCAUGAAAAGCUGUCAUCAUCAUAAUUCUAUCAGUUUUUGACACUACAUUUAUCAUGCAGAAAUUAAAACCUAAAAUGUGGCCUUAGGAAAUCAUGGUUUUGCACUUUAUUAUUUAUGGUAGAUUUGUUGGGUUUUGUUUUUUGUUUUUUUAAUCUCUGAAAGAUUAAUCUGUGUCUGUAAACAUUUUUGUUAGGAAGGAAUUCAAAACCUUCCCAAAACAAAGUAAAAUCUAGUGGCUUAUAGGAAAAAUAAUAUAGAAAAGACAUGAGGACAUCUUGAAUCAGAUGCAUUUCGUUUGUUUUCGAAUUUUACCUUCAGUAUUCUCUUUGUGGAAAGAGUUAAUUGUCAGUAAACUGAUAUGUAAAUAAAUUUCUAACACUGCAGAAUCAUGUAGGAGCAAGUGACUCUUUAUUUAUGUUUGGAAACUGCCUCACACACAGGUUAGAAACAGGAGAUGGUGUCAAACAGAAAAA